GCGAUGCCGGGAAAGGAAACCGAAAGCAGCCGUGCCAGGGCCGCACAGGGGGUGAUGCGCUGUGCUUCCCAUCUUUCGCGCUUCCCCUCUCAUUCUCCUCGUUUCCCCUUCUCUUCGCUUGCCCUUGCUGCGGGAGCCGGAGAGAGAAGGAGAAGCUCCGUUUCGGGAGCGCUGCCCGGCGGUGGCGAUGGGGCUCGGCUCUGCCCACCGGGCGGGACUUACGGGGAACUGGAAAGUGAAACUUUGCGGGGAACUGGAAGGAGGAGCGCGGCUGGGUGUCGGGGCAGACGCGGCGGUUCCCGAGCUGUGCGGACAGUGCAGCAGCGUCUCCGUGUUCGGCCGCAGGAGCGCCGCGGUCCCCAGCGCUGCCCUCGCCCGGAGAGCUGGAGCUGACCCGGAGCAGUCCCCGGCCGGGCCAUGGAGGAUUCUGAGCAGGAGCCUCACGCCCGACAACCCCAAGGUGGAGCGAGCGGGCAUGCACUUCAUUUGGACACUGGCUUUAUAGGAAGGAACAGAAACAGAACAAAUAAUGUACCAGGCCAGGCACCUCAGUUAGAGGAAAACCUCCAAGAUGGUAAUGAUACUCCUCUACUUGGGCAAAGAGAAGAGACGAUGGGUGAUUUUAUUUCAAGGAUUCUUCAAUCAAGUAAGAAUAAAUCAAGAAUUCAAGGUGAACAGGCCAACAGUGAAGCCACAGGAUUCAGGACUAAACAGGAGAAUGAGGGAAGGAGAAUGAGGUAUCAAGAUGGGCAAACACAUGAGAGGGGCAGAGCACCCUGGAAUGAGCAAGAAAAUGCAUUUAGAGGAACAAGGUUUCAGCUUGGACAAGCCCGUGAGAGGACCAGAGGACCCUGGAAUGAGCAAGAAAAUGGAGGCAGAGGAAGGAGAUAUCCAGGUGGACGAGCUCAGGGAGGAGCUAGAGGGAGAGGGCAGAGGAGCGAGUGGAGAAAUGAAGGUAGGACAUGGAGGGUGCAACCUCGGGAGAAUCCUCAUUUCUACCAGAAUGCUACCCCAGGUGGUGCCCACCACAAUAAGGAGCCUCAGCAAGCCAGACGGAAUGACUAUAAAUUCCUUGAGUUUCUCCUCGACGAAGACCCUUCAGAAAUUGUCAUGAUACUUGCUUCCAGAUUGGGGUUGAAGGAUCUUCUUUCCCGAACAACUAUGAAACCCGAUUUAGUUGAGCUCAUUUGCUGGGUGCUUCAAAAAGCAUGUCAUUGCCAAGGGAAUAGAGAGGGUGUCCAACGCGUUCUUAGAGAUGUGAAGGAGUCCAACUUUCUCAAGAUCUGUCUGCCACAGUACGUGUCUGACAUGGUAACACAAGUAGAUCCUGCUGUACGCCACGCGUACCCUAAGCACAUCAGCCACAUCAUUGCACUUCUUCAGCACCUGAUAAGUACUUUCCCAGCCAGCUCUGUGCAGAAAGUCUCCAUUCUCUUUACAGUCUUGACAGCAUCCAUAAAUGCCCUGAAAGGCUUUGGUGUGGACAUCACAGAAGAGACAGAGAAGAAUCUCAAUAAAGUCCAGAUGCUCAUGCAGCAUCUGCAGGAGAAGAGACGUGAAGGCACACUGAGAGCUGAUAACUGUGCAUUUGUGCAACCUCAGGAUGGGCAAGAAGAAAGCUAUCGUACCAUGAGCAUUUAUCCAACAUAUGAUGAGAUACACGGUAAGGAGAAACCUUUCCUACGUCCCAAUUUUGUUUUUGGAAGAUAUGAAAGCACCAGUAUUUAUCUUGACACCCACUUCCGACUUCUGAGAGAAGACUUUGUAAGGCCUUUAAGGGAAGGUAUCAUGGAGGUUUUGCAGAGCCUCCAGGACAGAAAUUUGAGAAAGAAAAAAUUUGAUGAUGUCAGGAUCUACUUUGAUGCACGGAUUAUUGCCCCACGUUGUACCUUAACUGGUAUUUCUUACAAGGUCGAAUUUGACACAAAACCACUGAGGUUUGUACAAUGGAAUAAUUCUAAACGAUUGCUAUAUGGAUCCCUGGUCUGCAUGUCCCAAGAUCACUUUGAAACAUUCCUUUUUGCCACCGUUUCUAAUCGUAAUGCUGACGAACUUGUCCGUGGGAUUGUGGAGCUCUGUUUUGAUGAAGAGAGCCAGCCACUGCUGGCAGGGGUUCAACCUUCAGACUCUUUCCUCAUGGUAGAGACAACUGCCUACUUUGAGGCCUAUCGGCAUGUGUUAGAAGGGUUGCAGAAAAUGCGGGAAGAAGAUCUCCCAUUCCAGAAGUACAUUGUGGAGUGUGAGGCACAGGUGAAGGAGCCAGCAUACCUGAAAGAGGAUACUGCCUACAACCUUGCACCCUUGGCGAAGACUUCACAUGAAGUGAAGGAGCCAGCACACCUAAAAGCAGAUACUGUCUACAACCUUGCAUCAUCUAGGAGAACUUCACCUCAAGAGGAGUGCCCUGAUAGCUUGAAAAGUGUCCGCAUUCUAGAUCCCGAUCAAUGGCUUUCAAUGGAAGCUUUGAAAUUAGAUGAGUCUCAGAUGCAGGCACUGAAACUUGCACUCACUAAGGAGCUGGCUAUUAUCCAAGGACCUCCUGGCACUGGGAAGACUUAUGUGGGUUUGAAGAUUGUUCAGGCUCUCUUGGCUAAUGAUCACGCAUGGCAAACCAGGGGCUGGCAGCAUCCCAUCCUUAUAGUCUGCUACACUAACCAUGCACUGGAUCAGUUCUUAGAAGGAAUAUACUCAUUCACAGGAAUACACUCAUUUGAACAUGGUGGGAUAGUGCGUAUAGGGGGCAGGAGUACCAGUGCAGCCCUGCACAGAUUCACCUUGAAGGAGCUGAAGAAGUUUCACUACAAACUUGCCUUGAGAGAUGAGUUCUUCGGGGACACUGAAGAGAUAAUGAAUGAGAUGCAGAAGAUUGAGGAGGAGCUCCUUGAAGGAGCACGGCGGUUGGAGUGCACGACCUAUGGAGUUGUGAAUCACAGAUACUUGAAACCAUACAUGGCCCCCCAGCACUGGGACAGCCUGAUAAGGGGUCUGGAGGAUGAUAAGCUUUUCUUCGUUGGUUCACGACUCCCACUCAUUCAGGAGUGGCUGGGACUUGGUGUAUCUGCCUUCACUCAGAAUGCUGCAGAGAAUAUAUGGGCUGAAAAUCCAGGUGGUCAGGAAAGAGAGGAGGAGGACGAAGAUGAAGCAGAAGAGGAACUUUUGAAGAUCCCAGAGAUGGCUGAGCUGAUUGAAGCUGAGAGAGUGAUUGAGGAUGAAAAGAUAGCAAACCCUAGGAGGAGGAAGGAGGAAGAUGACCAAGCUGUUCGUGAACUAGCCAGAUCCAUGUUGGAUAUGAAGCUGGACGAGGAAGAAGGAAUAGCUCAUCCACGACAGGAGACCAUGCAGUGGGAGGUAACUCCUGGCCAGAGGAGGAAAAUUAAGCAGAAGAUGAAAGCUGAGCUCCGUAAACUGAGCACCAUGUCAGAGUUAGAGGCCAAUGCAAUUCAGAAUGUGUGGCAACUUGACCUGAACUCCCGCUGGAGGCUUUACAGGCUUUGGCUGAAGACUUACCAGGGUUUUAUUCGAGAUGAAAUUUUGCAGCAUGAAGAGGAAUAUCAGCAAGCAGCAGAAAGACUGAAAAGACUGAAGCUGCAGCAAGAUCUCUAUGUUAUCAAUAAGGCCAGAAUUGUGGGGAUGACAACUACAGGUGCUGCAAAAUACCGACAGAUCUUGCAGUUCAUAGAGCCGCGAAUUGUCAUUGUAGAAGAGGCAGCAGAGGUGCUUGAGGCUCACACCAUUACUACUCUGAGUAAAAGCUGCCAGCACCUAAUCCUCAUUGGAGAUCACCAGCAGUUGCAGCCUAGUGCAAAUGUAUAUGACCUGGCCAAGAACUUCAACCUCGAAGUCUCUCUCUUUGAACGUCUGAUCAAAGUGGAUUUCCCCUUUGUCUGUCUGAAGUACCAACACCGCAUGCGCCCUGAAAUUGCCCAGCUUAUCAGUCCUCAUAUAUACCAGAAGCUGGAGAACCAUCCCUCUGUCCUGGAAUAUGAGAAUAUAAAAGGUGUUUCAACUAAUAUCUUCUUUGUGGAACAUGAGGUUCCUGAACAAGAGAUCCAGGAAGGGAAAAGCCACCAGAACCCACACGAGGCCCACUUUGUAGUGGAACUGUGCAAAUACUUCUUGUGUCAGGGCUAUGAACCUUCUCAGAUCACCAUUCUCACUACUUACACUGGACAGUUCUUCUGUCUGCGUAAGCUCAUGCCAGCAAAGAUCUUUGAAGGUGUGAAGGUUCAUGUAGUAGAUAAGUACCAGGGAGAGGAGAAUGAUAUUAUUCUGCUGUCACUGGUGCGGAGCAACAAAGCGGAGAGACCUGGGUUCUUGCAGAUCCCUAAUCGCAUAUGUGUGGCAUUAUCCAGAGCUAAGAAAGGGCUCUAUUGUAUUGGAAACAUGAGAAUGCUUGGCAAGGUUCCUCUCUGGAAUGAGAUCAUUCAAACACUUGAGAAGAACGGUCACAUUGGCCGGUCAUUGGAGCUUUGCUGUCAAAACCACCCUGAAACCAAGACACAGGUAUCUACAGGUGAAGACUUCAACAGAGUCCCGGAGGGAGGCUGUACUCGUCCCUGUGAGUUCAGGCUGAGUUGUGGACAUGUUUGCACAAGGGCAUGUCAUCCAUAUGACCCGGAGCACAAAAACUACCAGUGCCUGAAGCCUUGUCAAAAGGUGCUUUGUGCAGAUGGGCACCGCUGCCCAAAGUCAUGUUAUGAGUCCUGUGGAGAAUGUAUGGUGAAGGUAGAGAAAACUAUUUCUAAGUGUGGCCACAAGCAGAUGGUGCCAUGCUCUAUUCCACAGUGGAAAUUCAAGUGCUUAGAACCUUGUCAGAAGAAAUUAGCCUGUGGACACACAUGCAGGAAUUCCUGUGGGCAACAAUGCACAGUGAGGUGUCCUGAACAGGUUACAGCCACAUUGAAAUGUGGCCACGAGCAGGAAGUUUCUUGCUGGGCCACUACGAUGGGACGUGAGGAGACUGUGCAAUGUUACAGUAAAUGUUCUGUCACACUGGCAUGUGGUCAUGUAUGUUCAGGUUCCUGUCAUAUUUGCUUCGGAGGAAGAUUUCAUAAGGCGUGUAACCGCCCAUGCAAGAAUGUCUUGAUCUGCUCCCACCAGUGUCAAGAACCUUGUACUACAGAAUGUCCUCCUUGUCAGAAGAAAUGUCAGAACUAUUGUAUUCACAGUAAGUGCGGAAAGAAAUGUUGGGAAAGCUGUGUUCCUUGUGCUGAGCCAUGUGAGUGGCAGUGCCAGCACUACCAGUGUACCAACCUUUGCUCUGAGCCAUGCAACAGGCCUCGCUGCAAUGUUCCCUGUGAUAAGAUGCUGCCCUGUGGUCAUCCCUGUGUUGGAUUGUGUGGAGAGCCCUGCCCAAAGAAGUGCCUUGUUUGUGACCACGAGGAACUCACUCAGAUCUUUUUUGGCUUUGAGGAUGACCCAGAUGCUCGAUUUGUGCAGCUUGAAGACUGUGGCCACAUCUUUGAGUCACAAGGCCUUGACCACUACAUGGAUAAAGAUGAUGAUGCUGUCAAGCUGAAGGUAUGCCCUUUGUGUCAGACUCCUAUCAGAAAGAAUCUGAGAUAUGGCACCAGUGUGAAAAGGCAGGUGGAGGAGAUAGAACAGGUGAAACAGAAACUCCAAGGCCCAGCACAAGAAAUUGAGUCUAACAGACAGAGGCUGCAGGCUGAACUGGCACGGAGUUUUGUUCUAAAGAGAAAGCUGCCCUCGAAGUUUACCAUGCUGGAAAAUAAACUAAAAGCUUCUGCUCUCUCCACGAAGUGUAUUGGACUAAUUGAAAAUCUGCUUAAUUUCUACAAACGUGUAGCAGACCUAACUGAUUUUUUGGACAAAAUUGAUCAGAAUGAAAGGAGGGGGCUGACAAAGAGGCUGGAUGAAGUGCAGAGGUGGCUGGAUAAGCAACGCAUCAAUUUUACAGAACAGGAGCUCACUGACCUGCAGUCUGAGAUCCAGAGACUGACUUAUUUGCUGAACCUCUUGGCAAGGUGCAAAGGAAAUAAGACAAUGUCCACAGACAUUGCAGAAGAGAUUAAAAGUGCACGUGAGAUCCUGGAAGGGACAAAAAAAUUCACAGAGGAGGAUGAGGCUGCAGUGAAGGCUCACCUGAACAAGAUCAAUGCUGUCUUGCCCGUGUCGGUACUGGGGAUUUCUGAAGCUGAGCGGGUGGAGAUUGUCCGUGCUAUCGGCUGUCCCCGUGGCCACUGGUUCAAGUGCAGAAAUGGCCAUAUCUAUGUAAUUGGGGAGUGCGGGGGGGCAAUGCAGACGAGUACGUGCCCUGAAUGCCACGAAGUCAUCGGCGGCACCAACCACACUCUGGACAGCAGCAACAGCCUGGCCCCGGAGAUGGACGGGGCAACCCAUGCGGCCUGGUCCGACAUAGCCAACAACAUGCUCAACUUCGAGGACCUCCGCCGGCUGAUGUAACGCGGCGUGAGCCUCGCUUAGCACAGACGCGCACACAGGGGCACAGCCCCACUGCUUUCCCCGUUUGCUUGUUUACUAAUAAAGUGUAUCGCUGCGAA